GCCCAGCCCAGACCCUGAGAUCUCACGUCUGUGCAGCGGCCUUCGCCAUGGAGCAGUUGAGCACAGCAAAUACCCACUUUGCCUUGGACUUGUUCCGGGCCUUGAAUGAAAACAACCCGGCUGGAAACAUCUUCAUCUCUCCCUUCAGCAUUUCCUCAGCGAUGGCCAUGAUCUUUCUGGGGACCAGGAGCAACACUGCCUCACAACUGUCCAAGGCUUUCCAUUUCGACACAGUUGAAGAGAUUCAUUCAAAAUUUCAGAGUCUGAAUGCUGAUAUCAACAAACGUGGAGCAUCCUAUAUUCUGAAACUUGCUAAUAGAUUAUAUGGAGAGAAAACCUAUAAUUUCCUCCCCGAGUUCUUGGCUUCAACUCAGAAACUGUAUGGUGCUGACUUGGCCAGUGUGGAUUUUCAGCAUGCCUCUGAAGACGCAAGGAAGGCCAUAAACCAGUGGGUCAGAGGACAGACAGAAGGGAAAAUUCCGGAACUGUUGGCUGCAGGAGUGGUUGAUAACAUGACUAAACUUGUGCUGGUGAAUGCCAUCUAUUUCAAGGGAAACUGGCAGCAGCAAUUCAUGAAGGAGGCCACGUCCAAUGCACCAUUCAGAUUGAAUAAGAAAGACAAGAAAACAGUGAAAAUGAUGCAUCAGAAGAAAAAAUUUCCAUAUGGCUACAUCCAGGACCUUAAGUGCCGUGUGCUAGAACUGCCUUACCAAGGCAAGGAACUCAGCAUGUUCAUCCUGCUGCCAGAUGACAUCGAGGACGAGUCCACGGGGCUGAAGAAGAUUGAGGAACAACUGACUUUGGAAAAACUGCAUGAGUGGACCAAACCUGAGAAUCUGGAUAUCAUGGAAGUCAAUGUCAGCUUGCCCAGGUUCAAACUGGAAGAGAGCUACACCCUCAACUCCGACCUAGCUCGCUUAGGUGUGCAGGAUCUCUUUAACAGUAGCAAGGCCGAUCUGUCUGGCAUGUCAGGAGCCAGAGAUAUUUUUAUAUCAAAAAUUGUCCAUAAAUCCUUUGUGGAAGUGAAUGAAGAGGGAACAGAGGCGGCGGCUGCCACGGCAGGCAUCGCCACCUACUGCAUGUUGAUGCCAGAGGAAAAUUUCAUAGCUGACCAUCCAUUCAUUUUCUUUAUUCAGGAUAUUUCCUCAAAGACCAUGUUGUUCUUGGGCAGAUUUUCUUCGCCAUAGACUGUGGCAAUACAAGAUCAAGCUUAGAGUGUUAUUACCUGAGUUUGUAAU